AUCAGAUUACUCUGCUUUAUCACAUGGAGUACUAAUGCAGUCUUACUUGAGUGCUGCUUUUAAGCUCUUGAGGAAAAGUGGAGGUCGCAUUAUUUUGUUAUCUCAUCAUCUCUUCAGCUCUCCUAUGGGCGAUAGUCUUAAAGAUUUUCUGUUGUUGUUUUCAAAAAAUUGUUCAAAGAGAAGUAUCGCCAUUGAUCAAUUUCUGGUUUCCUCCGGUUCAACCACUCUAAGCCUGUUGGCGGCCCUGUCUGAAGCAACAGGAGGUCACGUGUUUCAUUAUAGGAGUUUCAAUGCUUCGCAGGAUCUUCCUCUUCGCGAUAAAUACAUUUCUGAGCUUGAAAAUUUUCUUUGCACGAAAGUCUUUGUUGAAGUUUACAUCAAGAUCAGGGCUCAUAAAGCGCUGAAGAUACGUGCGCCAGCGGGCUGUGUUUGUUCUGAACUAUCGGAUUCUACCGUGGUUUCUAUGUCGAAGGUGGACAGCCGAUUUUUUUCUUUAGUGCUUCAACUUCAGCUGAAGGAGCCUUUACCUCAUCUGCAGACGUGCCUACAACUGACCACGCUGUAUACCACUUACGAUGGUAUACGUAAUAUAAGAGUGAUGACGUUUCGCUUUCCUACGAGCAACAGUGUGGCAGAUGUGCUUCAUGGGGUAGAUGGAUAUACACUUGCUUCUCUCCUUCCAAGACUCGCAAUGGAGAAAGACACCGCUGAUUUCACCAAAUCAUUUCUGGUGAACAUUUCUAUGCAAUUUCACAAGACUUUUUCGAUGCCCACUCACGGCCUCCACUAUCCGGCCAGUCUUGCUGUUCUGCCUCCUUUUGCCUUCGCGCUGUCUAAAAAUGCAAGGAUUACCGUUUCGUACACCUUCACGAGCCACUAACUUUGAUGGUUAGAUCGGUGCUAGAAGAGGUGAUGUCCCGCCGGACAUGCGCGACUAUGCCCGUCUGUUGUACAGAAGUUUACAAGCCGAAACUUUACUUGUAUACAUUUACCCGGAAUUAUACUCCUUUAGCGACGCGGAUGAGGGCGUAAACAUAUGCUUGCUGCCACCCUCUUCGCAGUAUCUUUCUCCCUCAAAAGUACAUGUGCUGUACAACGUGACGAAUCUUUUGGUGUUCAUUGGGAAAAAUAUUAGCCGAAAUAUGUGCGAACAACUUUUCAUGGCCGACCAGCCAGCCUCGAUAUCUUGUUGCCGUUUACCACCACGCCUACGCAACUCGCUAUCGGAUGCCUUCCAUGAACUGUUAGCGGCGUUUAACCAGCGAUGUCAUCUAACACCACUCUUGACUAUAGUGAGCGAAGCAACUGCGGGAGAGUUCUCCCCCCACGUGUUU